AUGGCUAUUAAGCUAAUUUCACUAGUAGUGAUCACACUAUGUGUAGCAUCAUGGGAUGCUGCAGAGGGAAUUAGAUCUUUUAGAUCUCCUACGACUACUCCUCUAAAUCGUUAUAGCUUUCCUCCUCAUUUCGAUUUUGGCGUUGCUACUUCUGCUUAUCAGUAUGAAGGUGCAGUAGAAGAAGGAGGGAGGACUCAGAGCAUAUGGGACAAGUUCACACAUGAAUUCCCAGAAAGGACGAACAUGGACAAUGGAGAUAUUGCUGUUGACUUUUAUCAUCGUUAUAAGGACGACAUCAAGCUAGUAAAGGAAAUGAAUAUGGAUAGUUUCAGAUUUUCCCUGUCCUGGUCAAGAAUAUUACCAAGUGGAAAGCUAAGUGAUGGGGUGAAUAAAGAAGGGGUUCAAUUCUACAAGAAUCUAAUCAAUGAACUUAUCGAGAACGGUAUAAAACCUUUUAUAACAAUUUAUCAUUGGGAUAUUCCUCAAGCACUUGAUGAUGAGUAUGGUAGCUUUUUAAGUCCUCGAAUCAUAGAUGAUUUCAGAAACUACGCCAGAUUUUGUUUCGAGGAGUUCGGAGACAAGGUCAAUAUGUGGACAACGUUCAACGAGCCAUAUGUUUAUAGCGUUGCGGGUUAUGACGCAGGCAAUAAGGCAAUGGGUCGAUGUUCAAAAUGGGUAAACAGUUUGUGUGUAGCUGGUGAUUCAGGCUCGGAGCCUUAUUUAGUGUCUCACCACCUUCUUCUUGCUCAUGCUGCCGCCGUUGAAGAAUUCAGGAAUUGUGACAAGAUUUCACAAGAUGCUAAGAUAGGCAUAGUGCUAUCUCCAUAUUGGUUCGAGCCAUAUGACAUUGAUUCCAAUGCUGAUAAAGAAGCAGUUGAACGAGCUCUUGCUUUCAAUACCGGGUGGCAUCUCAGCCCUUUAGUGUUUGGAGACUAUCCAGAGUCGAUUAAGACAAAUGCUGGAAAUAGAUUGCCUUCUUUCACCAAAGAGCAAUCUAUGAUGCUUAAAAAUUCAUUUGAUUUCAUCGGAGUAAAUUACUACACUGCUCGAUUUGUCGCCCAUGAUCUUCACGUCGAUCUUUCAAGGCCUCGGUUCACGACCGAUCAACACCUUCAAUACAAAAUGACAAAUCGUAGCGGCGACAACAUCUCAUCAGAAUCGGAUGAAAGCAAAGUUCUCUGGUCAUAUCCGGAAGGCUUACGAAAGAUUCUUAAUUAUAUUAAAAAUAAAUACAAUAAUCCACCUAUUUACAUCACUGAAAAUGGUUUCGAUGACUACGACAAUGGAGAAGUGACACGUGAAGAGAUUUUAGAAGAUACAAAGAGAAUAAACUACCACCAAAAACAUCUCCAAGAACUUCAGAAAGCGAUCACUGAGGAUGGGUGUGACGUGAGAGGCUAUUUCACAUGGUCGUUGUUGGAUAAUUUCGAAUGGGAACAUGGAUAUGCAACUAGGUUCGGUCUUUACUACGUUGACUAUGCAGAUGGUCUUAAACGGUAUGCUAAAAAUUCAGCCAAAUGGUUCAAACAUUUUCUUCAGAGAUCAGAGAAACCAAUGCCGUUGGAUCUGUUUGAGAGUGUCAAGAACUGGUGGUCUGCAUUACAGAUGACCUAAGCUCGUUUGGUUGGCAAAAAAACUAUUCAAUUGUAAAAAUUAAGUA